GUCCACCAGGAAGUGGAGACACUCAGGUGGUGGGACGAGCUGUUGGCGCGGUGUACGGUAUGUUUUUUGUCAAGGUGUCGACAGUCGUACGUGACGGAAUAAAUGCUACGUGUUGAGUCGACAUGGUGCGAAUGAGAAACACGAAGAGCGUGAAUGGCACCGAGAUAGAAAAGAAAAUUAAAAGAGGUAAUGCUCUGCGGCAAGGAUCUGCAUGGAGAGGCUACAGAGGACCCGUGACCUUGCUGCUCGUUGCUGUGUGCGUGUGUGGGUCCGCCGUGUGGCAGUACGUGACCUCUCUGGACGGCGACAUCGCAGAAACACUGGUCAGCCAGGGUGAGCGGGUCUCUCCUCACCCCAGGGUCUUCACCGUACAGUGCUCCGAGGACUACGAGAACCACAAGCGCUAUCCUGGGUGCACCCCUCAGAAGUGUGGGCGAGCAGUCACAGACAGUGUGGUGACGAGGGAGGAAGCUCAGGUCCUCAGGAGGUUGGCUGAGAGGGGGAUAGCACUGGCUGGAUCUGAGGGAGGAGCUUCCAUACUGGACCUGCACUCUGGAGCGCUGUCGAUGGGAAAGCAGUUUGUCAACAUCUACAGGUAUUUUGGCGAUCAGAUCAAAGACGUGUUCACACAGGAGGAUUUUGAGCUUUACAGAGAUGUACGUGGGCGUAUUCAGGCAGCUAUUGCUGAGACCUUUGGGUUGGACUCGACACUACUUUACCUUACCAAGCCCACGUUCUUCUCCAGAAUCAACAGCACAGCCGCUAAGACCCAGCAUGAUGAGUACUGGCAUCCACACGUUGAUAAGGUGACUUAUGGCUCUUUUGACUACACCUCUCUCCUCUACCUGUCCGACUAUGGCUCUGACUUUACUGGAGGCAGAUUUGUCUUCAUGGACCAAAACGGCAACCGGACAGUGGAGCCGCGAGCAGGGCGCGUCUCCUUCUUCUCCUCCGGCUCGGAGAACCUCCACCGCGUGGAGAGGGUGACGUGGGGAACGCGCUACGCCAUCACGGUGUCCUUCACAUGCGACCCCGCACACGCCAUCUCUGACCCCACGCUGCUCUGAGGCACCCGUGGGUGACGCUGCUGCCCCCUGGACAGACCCGGAAACAAUGAGGAAGAAAGGGAAGAAAGCAGUCAGGUUUUAUAUGGAAGUCAUUCAUUUACUGUAGCAUGAUGUCGAGAUCGGUAAUUUGUUGAUUCACUUUCAGGUGUUGACUUAUUGCAUCGUGUGAUUGUUCAACAGACAAAAAGCUCUUGUCUGCAGAGGUGUUUUGUUCCUUGAUACUGACCCUUGUGUUUCAUUCAAUGUUCUUUCAAUCGCUUUCUAAACCUUCACUUCUAUUAGUCUUGUUCAGAUUUCCCGCAGGCCUGCACAAUUUGCUCCUUUUGAUAAUUAGGAGGACAGAUUGAGGCGAAAUUGCUUUCGGACUGCGAGUCAUUUCAAAGCGGCUAAAGUGGGAUUGUGUGUUUUCUCCAUGUCUCCGUGUGUUUUUUUCAUUUUAAGGGGAGCCGAUCAUUUCCUUGAGGAAGGGAUUGAAAUCUGGUGAACUACCUGCUCAGUGGGACUUUCAUCACCAAAUCCCCACUCGAAUUUGCCCCCAGGACACGUUUUCUUCUAAGAAGAAUCCUUGUCUCUGGAAACAGAGAGGGAUUUGCUCCUUUUGCUAUUUUACUGUACUUUAAUGUCUGUGGAGAGGAUUUGAAAUGGUAUUUUCUCUGCAAAAAGCUCCAGUGUUCAGAUUAUUAUUAAUCAAACUUUCAUUAUAAAGAUUUCACUUAUUAAACAAAUCUCUUUUCUAAUA